AUGAAGAUUGGACAGCAGGGACAAUGUGAUUCUUUACAGUCUACGUCUAUAUCUGGAUCUGGUGGCCAUAUUACCGGUUCUUGCACUUGUGAUGAUGUUUCAAGAUUAUCCACUAAAUUGAACACAAUGAAAUCCACUGAAAGUAACCUAAAACAACUAAUGACUGAACUUAACCAAUAUAUAAACAAUGCUACAACUGAAUUAAAUGCAACUGAUUCUAAACUCCAAACUGAAAAUCAAAAAGGUAGCAGGCUGAACAAUACUUUAAAUUCGAUGGAGUCUCGACUUAAUCAAACAAAGGAUCAACUAAACUCUGUUUUAAAAAGUGCAACCGCAGAACUAACAGGUCUACGACAGAAGCUUGGUACUAAUACUAGAGAUUUAACCUUGUGUCAGACAGCAUUGGGAACACCAGUUUCAACAAGCGCAGCUAUACACCAAGAUUUUACCACGUUUUAUUGUGGAUUCCAGUCCACUGAUCUUUGUCAUUUCUCACAAGACCAUCACGAUGAUACGAAUUGGGACCGGCGUCACACGGAAGAAAUUCAAACAGGACCUAAACGGGAUCAUACAUACGGCAAUAAUUAUGGUUACUAUAUGGCUCUGCGAGCUACAUCACCAGUACAUUCAAGUACAGGUAGAACAACAUCAAGACUAAUAUCGCCAACCUACAACCCAGCUCCAAACUACUGUGUUCGAUUCUGGUACACAAUGUAUGGAAAAGAUGUCAAAACACUCAACGUUUAUGCACAGGUACAUGGAGGUUUGGGAUAUCCUGUAUUCACACAUACUGGUAAUGUUGACAAUCAGUGGCACAUGGCAGAGAUUUCUCUUAACAAAGAAUACACAGCUGACAUGUUUCAGGUAGUAUUUGAGGCAACAAAUGAUGCAUACCACAUACGCAGAUACAGCGGUGGACGUUAUAUUUAUGAAAACCAUAACGAGUAUGGAAAUAUUGCUGUUGAUGAUGUAUAUGUUUAUAAUACAACAUGUCAAAAUGUACCUAAAUAUCCAGCAGGAGCAUUUGUACGUACAGCUGGCAGCCAAACAUCAUACUAUACAUUCCAUGGUACUGCAGCAACCUGGUAUGAUGCUGUAGAGACAUGUAAGAGAGAAAAUAUCCAUUCUAACUUGGCUACUGUAGAAGAUGCUGCUGAACAAAAUUAUUUGGUAAAACUUAUUCAGUCAGAUGUCAGUUUAACAGCUGCUGGUCAAAAAGGUUUUUUCAUUAAUGGAAACGAUUAUGAUUCUGAAAACAAAUACGAAUGGACAGCUUCCGGUUACCCUGAAGCUUUAAAUUACACAAAUUGGCACGUGGGACAACCAAACAAUGUGGGAGACAACCAGGAUUGUUUACUGAUGCAGUAUCCAGAGAGUAAUUAUGAAUGGGAUGACGUCUCGUGUUCAGAGAAACAUUCAUUCAUUUGCGAGACAGUGUUGUAA